AUGACAAAUGUCUCUACUUUCGUGCGUAAUCUCAUUCGGAAGAUUCAUAAUGACAAUAGUCAAAAUCGCGGCCAUCGAGAACUGCAAUUACGACUACGCAAAGCGGUGAAAUUAGCUAAAGUUCGACAGGUUGCGGAGCUAUUGCACGAGGGUGCUUCACCUAUUUGGAUGGAAAGGAAGGAGCCUACUGGGAUCCGAUUUCGUCGGUCCACAUCCUCUUGUCAACUUAACGCACUUCUGUUGGCCUGUCGAGUCGGUAAUGAUGAAGUUCUAGGUCUUCUGCUUGACGUCUUCGUUGAAGAACCGCAAGUGCUUAUUCAUUUCAGUCGCGCAAUGUAUUGCCUCGUAAUUCGCCAUAAUCAUUCAAAAGCUUUUUAUCGAUUGCAGAAAUGCCGUGUGCCUGUAGCUUCAUCGCUUUCGGGGUACUCGACCGCUUUAUCAACCUCUCCAUCUUCAGUGACAUCAGCGCGACCUCUAUUUCAAGCUGCAAUGGAGCCUUCAAAUUCCAAGCUCCCGAUGCCGAUAUUUGUAGCUGCUCAGCACGGUCGUCACCGUUUUCUGGCUUACUUGCUGGAACAAUAUCAGUACGACUGGGCUCAGUACACCUUCGAAAAUCAAUCACUACUGUGUGUUGCUACAACAAACGGGCAAUACGAGUGCGUACGAGAAUUGCUCACGCGUCAAGUAGCGGAUGUGCAUACUCUUGAUGCUGCUGUCGCAUUAGCCCGUCACCACCGCCAAGCCCACGUGCUCGUUCUUUUGACGAGUUACAUUUCCGAGUCUCCAUCCAGUCUGAAAUCACUUAGCGGGAGCCUAAAACAAACUGUGUCAAGCAAGGAUGAAAGCAAAUGCAGAUUAUUGCACACGACAAAUCGUGGCUCGAUGGCAGAAACAGUUAUCAGCGAUUUUGAAGAUGACUACCGACCCAGCAGUCUGGUGGCGAAUAACUCGCCAAUCAACUUCGACAAUCCUGCUGAGGACUUCUUAGAUCAUGACGAAAAUAUGCCAAUGCAAGCUUCAAUUCAUUGCGAGCAGCAACAAGGUGGCAUGAUGUGGUUCUUGGACGGUCGCGAGCCAAUAGAAGAAAUGCAGCGCCGCGUCGAUCCGUACGGAGUGAGCACAGACAACUUUGUCAUCCUCCAAUCUGCACGGGAAAGUACUGAUGGCAGCCAAGCUAAUGAGGAAGAGGAAUGGUAUGCAGUGAAAUCCAGCGAAAAGAACUAUCAGCACGAUAAUCUUUCACCAAAUGAUGAAGACGAAGAUAGCUAUGAGUCGAUGUUCUUCGUUUACAAAGAACAAGAACAAAACACGCCCAAGGAGCAGUUGCAUGAACAUGAAGAGAAGCCUAAAUUGCAACAGUCUCCUCAAUCUUCUCUGCUAUCGCGAUCAGGUAAAUCUAGAAAGCUUAUCAGCGUACGCAGCCGAAAGUUCCAGCAGCAAUCGUUAGAAGCUAUUGAGGAACACCCUGCUGGUGAGACCGAAGCUCAGUAA